AGUUUCGAUUAACAAUGAAGUGCUUAUAUAUCAGUAUUGUGCUUCUUACGUAUAAUUAUAUGAUGAUACCUGGCCAGGAUCUUGCAUUUCCGAUUGAUGAAGAAACGUCCCACGUCAGCGGUGGAAAUUCCACGGUAAUAACGGAACGUAUACCCGUGUCGAUACCAGGCAGCUGUCCGAAAAAUAUGCUUCUUUAUCCGGGUGACAGUGCAAGAAACACCUGGGUGUGCGAUUGUAGACCACGAUUCUUAUAUUUCCCAUUGAAUGAUUCUUGUCACGAAGCCUAUAGACAAGGUCCUUGUCCGGCCAAGAAUUAUGUCGUUCUUCCCGAGGACGAGGCAGUGCCACAUUGUGUGGAGAAUCCUUGCUUGGAAGACGGCGUGGUACCAUACAACGGCACAUGUUAUCCUCUCAAAACGUUAGGUGGCCCUUGCGCGCCUGAUGGAAUAAUAGGCGUGAACGAAACUACCUUCCAAUUGGAAUGUGUACCAACUAAUGUCGCUCCUUUUGCAAUAAUCGAUGUUCCCAGAAGAACGUGUCCACCAGGUAGUCGUAGAAGCACACUCGGAGUAUGCAAAAAAGUACGAGCACAAUUUUUUUAAAUCUCGAAGCUAUUUUGAUCAUUUAUUUACAUUUGAUCAUUUUGUGUAGGAUUUAUAACAUGCAAGAUAUAUUUGCAAUGUUAUAUGUAUUGAAAUUUCUAGGAUUAGAUACAGUACGUUUUAUAUGAGUUUGGGUCAGGAUAUAAUUUUGAUAUUACAUUAUAAUUUAUGUAUAUAAUUAUUAUCCGUAUAUAAUAUAAACAUUCAAAUAUUUUUUAAAUGUAAGUUCUUACUCAAGCAACAAGUAUCUCUCCCUCAAAUAAUAUAUUCAAACUCGAAAAAUCCAAUAACUUCAUGCAUUAUAUAUAUAUAUUAUAGAAUCAGAAUAAUAUAGAGAAAUAUACAAAACAAUUAUAUAUAUUAACUUUUGUUACUUUUGUUACAUACUAUAUUAUACUAGAAUUAUAUUUAUAUUUGUUUAUUACAAAUGGAAAUACUUAUACUGUAAUAUAUAUAUACAUUAUUAACAAAAAUAUUUAUACAAAUUUUAUAUAUCUAAAGUUAUAGAAAGUCGAAAGUUAAACAAUAUGAUGCAAGAAACACUAUUAAAGAAUUUAAAACACAAGGGCGGAGGGGAAAUGAACGAGCUAAUGAAAGCUAAUGAAAGCUAAUGAAAGAAAUGUAGAAAAUAAAAUAUAUUAAUAAAUAAAUCUUCGAAUAAAUCGCGAAUAAAUCUUUUUAAAAAUUCUUUAAUUAAACGUUUCAUUUAUUUUUGGAUCAUCUUCAAAGCUAUUAACAAAAUUAUUUAUGUCACACAUAGAAACGAUACAAAAAUGAAUAGUAAAUAAAUACAUGGAAUCCUAAAAAUGUCAUUUCGACAUCCAUGCAAUACAAUAAAACAGAAAAUAGACAAAGCAAGUCUCUCAAAUGAUUCCAGCUAUUAAGGAACUUCACAGAUGCAAUAGUAAAACAUGCAAAAAUAUCAUUGUAUGUAAAGUUAAAGAAAUAAUAAGCUCACAUUUUUUAUAUUAUGUAUUUACUAUUAAUUUUUAUAUCAUUUCUAUAUAUUACACAAAUAAUUUUAUCAACAAUAAUUAAAGAUGAUCCAAAAACGAAUCUAAACGAUUAAUUAAAGGAUUUUUUUAUGAAGAUAUUUAUUUGCAUUAUCUUUUACAUUUGAUUCUUGAUUUAGCCCGUUUUUCUUCUCAAUUGUAAACGAGAUUAUAAUCUUUAAAUGUUUGUGAUGCUUUAAAAAUAUUUUGUUAUAUAUCUAUAUGUAUGUUGACCUUUCAAUAAAAAAAAUUUGAACUGUU